GGCUUCUACUACAAGAUCUUGGAGAAGGGCGACAAGGCCGGCGAGUCGCCGGACCUCUACACGACGACGGGCACGCACUACGAGGGCCGGCUCACGGAGGACUACCCGAACGGGCCGACGUUCGACAGCUCCUACAAGCGCGGCGAGAUCGCGGAGUUCAAGCCCGCGCAGGUCAUCUCGUGCUGGAAGUACGCGCUGCAGGACAUGCGGCCCGGCGACGUCUGGGAGCUCGUGUGCCCGCCGGAGACGGCCUACGGGAAGAAGGGGUCGCCGUCGGGCGCGAUCGACGGCGGCGCGACGCUCGUCUUCACCGUCGAGCUCGUC